AUGGCUUUGAUGAGGGCCAAUCCUCUGACCGCUGCUCAUGUGGAGCAUCGCCGUUUUGAUAUUCCCACUAUCCCAAUUAUUGGGUCCCUCUUCGAAGGUAAAAGCUUUGAUUACAUCAUCGUAGGGGCCGGUACGGCGGGAAUGACUAUUGCUGCCCGUCUAUCCGAAGAUUCAAAUGUUCGUGUUGCUGUGGUGGAAGCAGGAAUUGACUAUGCUUUGUCAGUUAUUAACAAACCGUUGGUCAAUGUGCCUGGAUCUGAUACCAUAGGAUGCGGCGGCAGUCAGGGUGACGCUCUUAAUGACGCUGUUGAUUGGCUGUUCAAAACCACACCCCAAUUGGGAGCCAAUAAUCGUUCAGUUCGCUAUGCUCGAGGGAAAACUAUUGGGGGCAGUUCCGCACGUAACUUCAUGAUCUACCAACGAGCAUCAAAGGGAUCUCUGGACAAAUGGGCUGAACUGACUGGCGAUCCCGAGUGGACCUUCGAAAACCGUCUUACUGAUUAUCAGAAGAGCGUGUCAUUCACUGCUCCCAAGCAUGAAUUACGUCAGGAGUUACCGGCAGCUCAAUACGCCAAUGAAGCUUUUACCCAAGGAAAUGGGCCAGUUCAAAUCUCAUACCCCAACAUGGCCCAACCUUUUUCCAAGUACAUGCAACUCAGUCUCAACGAGAAAGGUAUUCCAACCUGUCAGGACUUUAACCGAGGAACGUUGAGUGGAGUGCAAUACGCUUCAACCACGAUUGACCCGGAAAACGGCCAUCGGUCUUCCUCGCGCUCCUUCUUCGCUGCUGCACGUUCUCGGAGUAAUCUGGUGGUUUACACUACUGCCAUGGUAAAAAAGAUCACGUUUGAUGAGUCCACGCCGCCACGAGCGAAUGGGAUUGAGUUUGUUUACACAUUAACCGGCACCUCUGAGAAGCUAUUUGCAACGAAAGAAGUCAUUGUUUCAGCGGGUGCUUUCCAGUCUCCACAACUCCUUAUGGUUUCGGGAAUUGGGCCCAAGGACCAGCUCACAGCCCAUCAAAUUCCGAUUCUUGUAGAAAAUCCCAAUGUUGGACAGGGAAUGCAAGAUCAUAUAUUCUUUGGGCCUACCUACCCAGUCCAUUCUAUUGAGACGCUCACUCGCAUCGCGGCCCACCCCGACUAUCUUGCCACUCAAUUAUUGAACUUCACUAUUCGCGCACAAGGUCCCCUUUCAAAUAAUGUCGCAGAUAUGAUUUCGUUCGAAAGAUUUGACAACUCAAAACUUCAGGAACUCAAUGCGGAUUCCCUUGCGACCUACCCUGCCGAUUGGCCUCACAUCGAAUAUUUGAGUGCAGCUGGUGUCGUGGGCGAUUUCUCAAAUCUACUCGUUUCAAAUGCGAUAGCUGGUGCGACCACUGGAAAAGAGUUUGUGACCAUUUUGGCGGCCUUGGUCGCCCCACAGUCCCUCGGGACGGUCAAGAUUGCUUCAAGCGAUGCAUCCGUUCCUCCCCUGAUUGACCCAGGAUGGCUUACUGACCCUAUCGAUCAAAGGAUUGCUGUCGAAGCUUUCAAACGAACCAGGGAGUUUUUCUCAGCUCAAGCUAUGCAACCUAUCCUUGAUGGCCAGGAGUACCUACCAGGUCUCUCUGUUACUAGUGAUGAUCAAAUUCUGGAAUGGAUCAAGAAUAACCUCAUGACAGUGUGGCACGCUGCUUGCACUUGUGCAAUGAAAAACCAGGAAAACGGGGGAGUCCUUGACUCCCACUUCAGGGUAUAUGGCACUAAGAACCUUCGUGUCGUGGAUGCAUCCGCCUUUCCUUCUUUGCCUCCAGGUCAUCCCACAUCCACUGUAUAUAUGAUUGCUGAACGAGCUGCUUCUUUGAUAAAAGAAGAAAACUUGUAAAGAACAGCCC